AUGUCCGAACGAAACGACAGUCUUGAUUACGAUGUCAUCAUCAUCGGUGCUGGUAUCUCUGGAAUUAAUUUUGCGUAUAGAUUGCAGGAGAGUCAUCCGGACUUGACCUAUUGCAUUCUUGAAGAACGGCAUGAAAUUGGUGGAACGUGGAGUUUGUUUCAGUAUCCAGGGAUACGGUCCGACUCCGAUUUAUUCACGUUUGGCUUUGCAUGGCGUCCCUGGACUCAGAAGCACUCGAUCGCGCACGGCUCGUUGAUCCGUGAGUAUCUCCAAGAGUCAGCCGAGCAGGAAGGAAUCGACCAGAAGAUCAAGUUCCGGCAUCGCGUGGAAAAGAUGGAUUGGUCUACUGGUAAAAAGGCCUGGACGGUUCAUGUUUCCACGGAUGGUGAAGCUACCGUGACUCUACGCACUCGGUUCAUCAUGAUGGCUACUGGGUACUAUGACUAUCAUGAGCCGCUCGAGACUGAAAUCCCCGGGAUCAAUCGAUGCCAAGGAACCGUCAUUCAUCCGCAGUUUUGGCCAUCAAACCUUGAUUACACGAACAAGGAUAUCGUAAUUAUCGGUUCCGGUGCUACGGCCAUCACCCUGCUGCCGUCACUGGCUGAGAAAGCGUCCAGUGUGACCAUGUUGCAACGGUCCCCUAGUUAUGUCCUCUCUGUUCCAAGGGAAGAUACUACCGAGAAAGUGAUUCGUUGGAUCUGUCCCCAGAAGCUAGCAGCCAGUCUCAUUCGAUUUAAAUGGAUCAUCGUGCCCCUCGUGCUGGUGAAUUUCUGUCGUUGGUUCCCUAAUCUCGCGAAGCGAUUAUGUCUCGAUAUCACCCGCAAAGAACUCCCCAGGGAAGUGCCUUUGGAUCCCCAUUUCACGCCUAGAUACAAUCCAUGGGAACAACGAAUGUGCAUGUGCCCGGACGGUGACUUUUUUGAAUGUCUCCGGAAUGGGAGUGGCAGCGUGGUAACCGGUGUGAUUGAGUCCAUUACGGAGAAGAGCAUCCGGCUACAAUCCGGGGCCGAGUUGAAUACCGAUAUCAUCGUCACAGCCACCGGACUGAAGAUGAACAUUGCCGGCGGGAUUCAGAUCACAGUUGACGGAGACUGGUUUUCCAUUCCGGAUCAUUUCAUGUGGAAAUGUACCAUGGUCGAUAGGCUGCCGAAUGUGGUGUUUGCCUUGGGAUAUGUCGAUGCUAGUUGGACCUUGGGUGCUGAUGCAACUGCACAGCUGACAUGUCGGAUAUUGACGCAGAUGAGGGAGGAGGGGUUGAGUAUUGUGUCUCCUCGGUGUGGUGAUGAAGAGCGGAAUGGGAUGCAGGAGCUGCCGUUCCUUAACCUGAACGCUACGUAUGUUAGGAGGGGUGGCUCGGCUUUUCCGAAAGUUGGUGAUAGGCCUCAGUGGGAACCUCGGUCGUACUAUUGGAAGGAUCUUGUAAGGGCUUGGUGGGGGGAUAUACGGACAGGCUUGGAAUGGUCGGAAUGA